UGUUUAGCAGUUUUAUUUUCUGAUAAGAAGUCUUUUACAAAAUAUUAUUUAUACAUUAUUAAUUUUUUAUACAAUGUCAGAUCCAAAGCUAACUGUGCUUCCCCUGAUCCCAAAAGGAGUUGAAGGCAAGUCAUGGAGAACUCUCGACUCCACUCCUGUAUUGCAAGAAACACUUCGAGACUUUCUAGAAGAGGACAUUACAAGGUGUCGUAUGAAAGAAAGGGAAAAGAUCGUAAAAGAAUACAUACCUGCGCUCCAGCAAAUUGGCGAAGUCGAAAACCAGAUGCUUGCAGUUCAAGCAGUGAAUGCAAGAACUCUGGAGCGGCAUGAUGAUAAGGAACUAAAGUUACAAUGCCCAACCUUGCCAAAGUCAAUCAAUCUCGUAAAUCUUCCAAAAGUCGGAAGAGCUAAGUACAAUUUGCUGACAACCGCUGAAAUUCAAGAAACGAUCUGUAAUGAAUUAGGAGAUCCAUCUAGAUGGGCACUAAAAGAUUUUCCUAGUUUCUCUAAAAACGAACUGCUUGGUACUUAUGAAAGAAAAAAACAAUUGGAACCAUGCUCUGAAGGUUUCAAGAAAAGAGCGAAGGCUAAAAAAUACAAAGCAAACCCGGUUUUUGAAUUUUCACCCAAAGAGAUUCAUUUCACAGAGCAUCAGAUUGGAGGGCGAUAUAUUAAAAAACUAAAUAUAAUGAACCGCUCAGCAAGAUCGGUCAAAUUUUAUGUGACACUAUCUGACUCUUCCAAAGUGUUUGAUGUACAAUAUGAAAAUAUGGAUGCUAUGGUUAUGCUUGCAUCAGGACAGUAUGUUUCAGUCCGGAUAUUGUUUCGCUGUUUAGAUUUAGACGACUAUUACAAUUCUAUCCAAAUUGAAACAGUCAGAGAAGGAGUAGCAGUUUCAAAUGAGAGAAUUUACAUUCCAGUGACUGCAAUACGAUUACCACCUGCACUUAUAACUGAAGAAUUGCUCGCAAAAAAAUCUCUCAACAAAUCAGUGAGGAUUUCACAAAGUUUUACUCUUGACUGUGGAACUAGAUUGAUAGGAAGUACAUAUAACAUAAAAACUUCCCUUUAUAAUAUCGGAAGUUGUGGUACCUUUUUCAUUUCUUCUGAAUACACCUGGGAAUUUACUAAUGUGCAGGAUAUGAAUCAGAACAAUGAAAUUAUACUUAAUGCUUACGAAGUGUUUCCAGCAUUUUUUUGCCUCCGACAAUUUGAAAAAAUUGCAGUCAGCGUUACAUACAAGCCAAUGUGUGAAGGAUUACAUGUUGAAAAAUUAUUCAUCGUCUGUGAUAAUUUAACUUUAAGAGUAAUUGAUAUGAUAGGAGAGGCUGUCCUUUUUGCUCCGAAUGACUUCUGCAUCAAGGCAUCACCGAAAGAUUUUGACAUCGAUGAGAGUGACUUAUAUGAAGCAUCAAUGUAUAUUAAUUUUGGAACAGUGUAUCCUGGAGGUUCGUCCGAUGGCCACUGCAAAAUAUUCUCCGAGAGCUUGGUUGAUAUUGAGUUCGGUUGGAAUAUAAUUCCAUUAUCAUCUGAAACGGGCGUCAAUACAAUAGAAUCAAAAAAUAUUACGAUUUCUCCUUGCCAAGGAAUUUUAUGCUGUGAUAAUUCACCAGUGAUUGUAUACUUUCAAGUCUGUAUGAACAAUUGCAAACCUGGCCUUUAUAAAUCUGGUUUAACAUUAAUGGCAUACAAUAUACCAAAAAUUUCAGUUGUAAACAAAACAGUUUUGACUUUUCCAAAUGAUUCAAAUCCGAUGCUGUGGACCAAUGUUGAAAUAUGCUAUUUGGAACUAUCCGUGACGGUCAAAAAUCCGUACAUCGUCAUAGACCCAAUCCAUGUCGAUUAUACAGAUUAUAUAUACAAGACUAACUUUUAUUACCUGACAGUAACGAAUAACAGUGCAUACCCUGUCAAUGUAUCUUGGUAUGUUCCACAAUCAAACUCUGUAAUAAUGCACAUAACACCUAAAGAAGCCGAAUUGGAAAUUCAUGCUAUAACACAAUUUACAUUGGAAAUUACUGGUAUUGAAAGUUCACCAAUAGAAGAGGUUCUCCAGUGUUUUGUAGCUCAGGGUAAAAAGACUUUCAAAUGUGUUGUUCAUGGAAAUGUUUUAACAAAAUCAGUAAACUGUCCAUAUUUGGCAUACAGUUACGGAGGGGUUCAGAAUGAAACUGUGAAGUCUUUUCCAAUUUGGUUGAAAGCGGAAAACACCAAUUUGUCAAGUAUGGUGGAUGGUACUGAAAUCACAUCAGUUCUGACAAAAGAAGAAGAUUUGAUAUUUUUGGAAAGUUUUAAGAAUAAUAUUGAAAGUCUUCCUUCACCGAUAGAUGAAAAAGGCCAACAAUUCAAAUAUAACAUGAACACAGAAGAGAAAGGUUUAAAAUCAAGCAUCAUCGAAUGGAGAUAUGGAGACUUUCCAGUCUAUACAGACAUAUUCUAUUUUGUACAAAGCGUGUACGUUGAACUUACCCCUCUUCACUACAUAAUGCCCAGUAGCGUUUAUGUAUACGUCCCACAUGAAAUAACAGUCCAGUUAAGGAACUACAGCUUUUUAGAGGCCUCAUACACUUGGGGUGCAAUGAUAGGUGACGACCUGAAAAACGUUUCACUCAUGGCUGAUAAGUGGAGUGGUAAAAUUUCAGGCCAUUCAGUUGAGAAUAUUCAAUUCAAGCUUAGGUUCGAGACAGCAGGAACAGUGCAUUUUCAAGUACCGUGUACAAUAAAAUUCAUGAAAAAAGCAUUGGUCCUAAAAGUGACAGGUGAAAUUAAAAGUCUGAAUGUUGAAUACUCGUGGAUGUCAAAAGAAGAAAAAGUGAUCAUCCCUUGGCCUUACAUACCUACUAAGCAUGAUGUGUCCAAAGAUACUGGCCCGACAGACCCUAGUUGUUGUGUUUGCAUGACCGGAGCAAAUUUCAAUAACAUGAAGGUUCCUUACGAUCCAAAAGACAUCGCUGAGGAGAAUACACUUAAAUACGUUGACUCCACGACAUCCAGUGUUCCUUAUCUGAAUUGGCCACUAAUUGGUGGAAGAUAUUAUUACGAUAGCUUCAAAAAGAUGGAGCUAUUAGUAGAUUUUAAAUUUCCUUGGACUUUUGAAGAUUUUCUGGCAAGAAUUACUGAUUUUCCUACAACCGAUGAGAAGCAAUUAAUUCUGAAUACCUUCUCUUCCAAAGCGAUAGUCAUCCAUUUAAAAACCUUUGAGGUAAAGACAGCGGUCAUUUCAAUAUCAAAUUUAACCCCUAUCAAAGCUGAGUACUAUUCUGAAGUGAAGGAGUUUUAUGAGAGACAGCCUUUAAAACAUGAAUACACGAUUAUUGAAGGCGUAAAGCACAUUUCUAAAGACUCAAUUGAAAAAGUAUUGAAAAACAGUCACAUAUUGAAAAAAAAUCCAGUAAAAGAAAUGCUGUUGGAUAAGAUUCAAAACAAAGCAGGCUUAGUAUUGGGUUUAUCAAAUUCUAAAGGCAGAUUGGGCGGAUACAGUCAGGUUGACGUUGAACUGACUGCAUUCAGCAAUUGUUGGGGGAUUUAUUUGGACCAUAUAAAAGUAGAUAUAACAGACCUGGAUCCAAUUCAUAUUCCAGUGCUAAUCAAUUCCUCAGGAAAACCAGCUUGGUUUAUGUUCGCCCCUUAUUGCGAUGAACCAUUGCUAAGGUUCGGUGCCUUGUCACCAUUUGAGAAAAAAGAAUUGACAGUUAUGGUUUAUAACAAUUCUUUUCUCCAUUUAAAAAUCGCUUGGUCAGCAUAUACUGAAAUUCCGUUGAGCGAAUUCGAGUCCAACUUCUGCUUGCCAGAUGAACCAGGCCCUUUCAGUCUCAACAUUGAAUUUCAUCCAUCAAAGGAAGAAUCAUUUUGCAGAGUUAAUCUCAUCGAUUAUCUCGGUGAAAUUGAUAAGACCUAUUAUAAAUGUUCCCCUUAUGUAACAUACCUGAAGCCGAAGAGCAAAGCGCCUUUGAAAAUAACAGUCAAUACAACAAGUUGCUGGUUUGACAUAAACAAUUUAGAAAAAGUAUUGCGAGGAGGGAUUUGUGGCGUGAUUUAUAUUGAUUGCGAAAAAGAGACAGAUGAUUUGGGAUUCAGCUGUUACAGACCUGAUGGUUUUGAAAUAGACACUUUGUUAUUGAGGCUAGAGGCCAAAGUCACAAUGCCUCUCCUGCAAUUUGUUAAUCCGGAUAAGGAUAGUUUUAUGUUUUUUAUACCAUCCUACAAGAUUGCCCGCGAGCAGAAAAGCUACACUCGGAUCAAAAAAUACCUUCUUCAGAACACUGGUAGCAACACAUGUUUGUGCAAUUUCUCUAUUACUGGUUUGAUGACAAUGAAACAGCUUAGGCUGUACAGUGAAAAAGAUGGCUUUGAAGAAAUUUACACAGAUCUGAGUCCAACAAUUUUUAUAAGGUCCGGUUACUUCGUCGAGUUAUCCCUCCUGUUAGAAAUAACAAAAAGACAAAUGUACACGUACAUGGAUAGAGGAAAAUUAGACAGUAACGUUGCCAUAAGUAAAUCUAGCAGAAAAAAUAAAUCAGUGCAAGACAAUUUGGUUGAUACAUGCAUUGUGAUAAAACAAGGAAACAACAUAGAACAGUGCAUACCAAUGACAAUAGAAGUUGGAGUUCCAGAGAUAACCGUAUCCACUAAAGCCAUGUAUUUUGGAAGAACAUAUCUCAAUCAAACAAAAACAGAUUCAUUCCGAAUAAAAAGUAGCUUAGGAGAUGAAGCUUUCAUUAUAAAAAUUGUGACGGAAUAUGCAGGUAUUUUUGCAGUGACUCCAUUUUCUGGCACUGUCAAACAAGGCCGUUUUGUACACAUAGAUGUUCAAUUCACUCCAAAAGAAUGUUUGAAAUAUAAAGCAAAGGCUGUUGUCUUAACUAAUUAUCAGAUGUUCGUUUUUGAAGUACAAUUGGAAGGCACAGGAACAUGGGAUUACCACUACGGCAUGCUGGCCAAAUGUUAAAAACAUAAAAUAUUUAUAUAAAAUAAAUCUCAAAUU